CCGUAGUAAUCUUCCUGUGAGUGUACAGGAGGUCAGCAUUGCUUGAUAUCUACGUCAAGGUAACAGUCACAAAAAAAGUGCCAGUCACACUUUCGAUCAUCAAAGUACUGAAAGAGCCGACGAGGUAAUAAUUCAGAUUUCUGAUUAGAAAACGUUGGAAUGACGGCUUUUCCUGAGUUUACUAGGAGCCCUGAAGGCACCACAAUGUCUGUGGUAUUCUGUUCAACUUUGACCUUUAAAUCACAUGUUCGGGGAUUUCCACCUCCUAAUAUUAGGGCUAAGAACAAUAAUGGAGCUGAAACUGGCACUAAUUACACAUUGUUUACAGUAUUAACGAAACUCAGGCCUCUAAGUAGUCUAAAGUGUGUAGUUUUAUUCAGUAAUUUAACUUUAACUAAGCAUGGAUGUUUGACAGGCCUGUGACAUUUGAGCUGUCUGAGUCCCCACAACCUAUUUUUGUCACAGUAUCUGGGUGAGGGUGGGACUGCUCACAGAGUUGGCUUGUCGGACACCAUUGCUGGGCUGAAAUGGUUGUUUAGACUGACUGGUUUACUGAUUUAUCCAGUCAAUCUCCUCAUGGACCUGUACGAUAUCAGAGGAGGCAGACUGGAUGUGAUUGCAGAGGAGGCUGAGCACCAGGAGUUAAGCAGAGAGUCGACCACUAUGGAGCCCUACAAUGUCGUAACAGACAGAGGAGGGAGGGCGACCAGAGAUGUUUCAACCUUCCAGAGGUUCUCCGUCGACACCAAUGAGUCCCUUCGUUUUGAGCCCUGCGAGGACAGCUCUCCGUCUCCCACUGGGGCAGAAGAUGGACUUGAUGACGAUGAAGUGUUUAAGGAGGGAGAAACAGAGAGUGAGACUGUCACAAUCAGGAAUCGUUUGCAAGGGAAGAUUGCUGAGAUGGAGAGCUUUGCGGGUCAUCUGGAGGAAAUCUUUCUCACUGUGGAGGAGAAUUUUGGCCGUCAGGAGCAGCACUUGGAGCAGCACUACAAUGAUGUGCUGCAGACGUUGUCUCAGCGAUAUGACGAGAGAGCAGCGGGGCUGGAGGAGGAGAAGAAGGGCAAGCUGGAAGCGCUGUACAAUCAGCUGCUGGCUUGCGGUCAAGCAAUGGAUGCCUCCAAGGAGCUCAUUGAGACGGCCCAGGAGGUUUACCGCAGCCAAGACAAGAGGCUUUUCCUGAAGACCGUUAUGCCCACCAUUAAAAGAAUCAAGGAGUUCGCCAAAGAGGAGAUUGACCUUACGUUGGCCACAUGUCUUGAGUUUAACACACCGCUUGCUGACCUGUCCGAUGUCAAAACCAUGAUGGACUCCAUCAACGUUGUUCCAGCUCCAUCUGCCCCAGUAAUCAACCCCCAGAUGCCCAACUCUGCCACUCAGACGUCCCUGCGUGUGUGCUGGAGCUUGUUCUCCGACGACACGGUGGAGUACUAUGAGCUGUACUACAGACCAGUGCUGGAGGACAUGCCAGCAGACAGCACCUGUGCACCACACGUCAGCACAGUAAAAGUGAAGGAGACCCACUGCACCGUGACAGAUCUGCUGCCCAACGCUCAGUACGAACUGUGGGUGACUGCUACCAACACCACAGGCAUCAGCCCGGCGAGCGAGAAGGCCUUAUACAUGACAGUGCCAUCGCCUCCAGUGAUCAAGCAGAGAGAGUGUACUAGCUGUCCAGAGGCUGCUCUGAUCCGCUGGGAGUCAGGAAACACCAACCCUGUAGACUCUUACACUGUGGAGCUCAGCGAGAUGGGUACUGACGGCACAGAGAGCAGUGUUACCGAGUCUAUAGUAGCUGUGCCCACCUGUCAGUGUCUGAUCCAGCUGCAGACGGGGCGGCGUUACCUCAUCUCUGUAAGAGCAGUCAACAUCGGCGGGCCCAGCGUCAGAAGUGAAGCUAUUACUGUCUCCACAACAGGAACGUUCUUCUACCUCCUGGAGGACAGCGCCCACCCCUGCCUGUCCUUCUCUGAAGAUGGCUUUACGAUAUUUUAUGGCGACGAGGAGCUGCCGAUCAGCGCUAUGGCCUUGGGCGAUAACACCUUCACCAGAUGUGUAGCUGUCCUGGGGGAUCUGAUUCCAGUGCGAGGCAGGCAUUACUGGGAAGUUGAGGUGGAUGAUGGGACGGAAUUUAGGAUCGGAGUUGCGUAUGAGGACACAGGGAGGAACUCGUACCUCGGAGCCAACAAUACGUCCUGGUGUAUGAGACACAUUCUUACUCCAUCCAGGCAUAAAUAUGAGUUUCUGCACAAUGGCUGGAGUCCUGACCUGAGGAUUACAGUGAACCCUGUGCGGAUAGGAGUGGCACUGGACUACGAGAGGGGGACUCUGUCCUUCUUUAAUGUGGAUCUGGAACAACACUUGCAUACCUUUCACUGCCACUUCGGAAAUUAUGUUCACCCCUGCUUUGGCAUGGACAACCCAGGAGCUCUUACUGUACAUAAUGGCAUCGAGGCACCGGAGUACACAUUCAUCUGACACCAGCAAUAGUAGUAUUAACGACACAAAACCCAGGGCUGCUGGGAAGUGAAAAAAAACUUAUUUAUAACACUUACCCAAAGCUCUUCAAUAAAGAAAACCUGAAUUCAUAAAAAAAAAAAAACAUAUCUGCUGACCUUUCUCAGCAGUAUAAAAUGUGUGUGAUAUAAAGACAAUAGGGGGUUUUCAGUUCUUUUUAUUAUAGUAUUCCAUGGGAACAGGCAUACACCAUUUUCCAAGAUAAGAAAAGUUUCACUGAAUUUUACAAUAUGUAUUUAUACCAUCAGCAACUGCAGCAGACCAAGUGUUUCAGUUCAAAAAAGGAAAUAAGGGGCUUGUUUUUGAUAAAACAAAGAUGCUUUGAAAAAUGAAAUUAAAGUGUUUUAAGAAAGAAAAUCCACUUGUAGUUAUUAUACAUUUGUAUUCACAUCUUAAAAAGGAAAAAUCCACCCUGAAUACUUACACACUGUUAAAAAGUGGCAAUUUUGUUUGAUAGUGGUAUAUGUUUUGUGAGGAGAAGAUUUCUCUGCCAUGUAAGAGAUUGGCAAGUGCACAUUUUACCGUCCCAAAAAAAAGAGGCUUCUAUCAAAACAGCAAUAACACAACGGAGAAGAACACAGUAGAAAAUAUUUGUAUUUCUAAAACCAUAUCCUCAAAAUUCCCUAAUGACAUGUAGCCACAAGAUGUGUUGCACUUCAAGUCAUGUGGCUAAAAACACACAAAAUUGUUGGCGGGCCUUCUAUAUUUACAAUUGCUUUAAAAAAGGUGGGCAUAUAUUUAAAUUCCCACACCACUGGGUGAGCUUAUAGAAAGACAUUCUGGGAGAAACAUGAAAAAACUAACUGAAACAGAUGUACACAAAGCAAAACCUACAUCAGGACAAGAAAUUAAAAACCCAUCUUAAGAGUCCGGGAAAGCCCCGAACAUCAGAAACCAGUGAUAAGUCAAAGACCAUAACAGUGGUUUGUUUUUGAUUUUUUUGCAGCCUGUUUAGUACCUUAUUUUUUAUUUUACUGCUAUACAGUAUAUACCUGUAUUUAGAGUCCUAAAAUGGAUGUCAGUACACAAAGUGGCACCAGAAAUGUUAAUCUGGAGAUGAAUGGAAAACCAUGUCUGCUUGGGUGGAAGAAAAAAAUGUAAAUGUAAUAAAGUUGUAUUUAACGUCUUG